GGUUGGCUGGUUGAGCUGAUGAUGCGAAAGAGCCAGGCGGCCAUGUUUCCGUCUAUCUGGCGUCGUCCGCCCGCCCGCCUUUGGGGGAGCUCCGCCGGGGGGUCCAUUUCUCCCCUUCAGUCCGCCGUCAAUGCUUGUUUCCUCCACCCGCCGCCGUCGCAUUGCGGCCUGCAACUCCCGCCAUGCGGCAUACCCCUCGUCAGUCUUGUGGAAUGGCUCGGUAUAUCUUCACUAGCUAGUAUAUCCGUCGCAACCGACUCGAUCUCUACAUGAUACCUAGCUAGUGUGACGCAUCUCCGGCUGAGGCAACCUCCGGUGCGCGUGAGCUGAGAGCAUGGAUUCGACCGAUCCCGGUCCGUCGCAGGACACCCCCGGUCAUAACGCUCCACGGGCGCAGACCCCCACAGAUGUCGACCCUGUAUUGUCAUCCGCAAGGUCCACAGGUUCGACCGGUGAAGACCGCAGCUCGACUCCCGAUGAACGACCGCCGCCCCUACCUCCGCGCCCAAACACCUUGAGUCUGUUGGAUGAGGGAGGGGCAUCUCCCCGGAUACCGCGGCAGCCCGCACAGCCAGCUCUCCAGUCCAGGGCAACGACAGCCGUGUCUCUCACAGAUAUUGCUUCCCAGGAUGCGGGGAAAGAUGGCCUCUCUGUGCGCAAUCUGCCUGGCGCACUGAAGGCUAAGGCGAGCCUCAGCCACUUGGCCAGCCCGAGGGGAAGUGAGGCUGGCGAUACUGCAAGUAUCCGAAGCUCCAUACCGCAAGGCGACCUAGGCGACGUUGAAAACGUCUUUGGCGACUUUCUGGCAACAGAGCCUGGGCUUACCCAACAGCAAACCACGGGACUCUUGCAGUUCCCAGAAUUUCAAGCCGAUGACGUGGAAGACGACUUUGCAAGCGAGUUUGAGCCAGUGGGAGACGUGGGUGAAGAAGGGGAGCAUGAGGAACUCGUCCUCGAUAAUUGGAAGGCUAAGCGGAAACACUAUAUCAUCCUUUCGGCUGCUGGCAAGCCGAUCUGGACGCGACAUGGUGAUGGUGGGCUUAUAUCAACAUAUGUUGGCGUCAUCCAGACCAUCAUAUCGUUCUAUGAAGAUGCUAAAGAUCAUCUAAGCAGCUUCUCCGCUGGAGAUACCAAGUUCGUGGUGGUCAACAAGGGGCCAUUAUACCUUGUUGCGAUCAGUCGCAUGCUUGAGAGCGAUACUCAGCUGAAACUCCAACUGGAAGCCCUAUAUAUGCAAAUACUGUCUACGCUGACCCUUCCAUCCUUGUCUCACCUCUUCUCGAUCCGCCCUUCUACUGACCUCAAGCGGCCACUCCAAGGGUCCGAGACCCUUCUAUCCACAUUGGCCGAUAGCUUUACGAAAGGAUCCCCAUCCACACUCCUUUCCGCAUUGGAAUGUCUCAAGAUUCGCAAGUCUCAUCGACAAACAAUCAACAACACGCUGCUGAAGACCAGAGUUAGCAGCCUCCUUUAUGGCUUGGUAGUUGCGGGUGGUCGGCUGGUCAAUGUUGUGCGGCCUAAGAAGCAUUCAUUGCACCCUGGCGAUUUGCAGCUGCUUUUCAACAUGAUAUUCGAGGCCGAGGCGGUUAAAGCCGGCGGUGGUGAGAGCUGGAUUCCAGUGUGCCUUCCAGGCUUCAACAGCAGCGGGUACCUCUACAUGUACGUCAGCUUUCUCGAUCUUCGAGAUGAUACUGGCACUACCGCCGAUGAUACGACCACCAAAGAAGAGUCUGUUGCGAUUAUUUUCAUAAGCGCAAAUAAGGAGAGCUUCUUCGAAUUGCAGGGAAUGCGCGAUACGUUCGUUGAGCAAUUGGAGAAGAACGGCAGUCUCAAGAUCAUUAAGGAUGCCGUUGACAAGGGCCGGCCCAGCACAACGGACAUUGUCCCAGGAACAGUCCUGCAUCACUUUUUAUACAAAUCCCGGGCCAACGUCCAAUUUACCAUGUCCUCGUAUGACCCGGAGUUCUCCUCCAUAUCCCGACGUCGAAGAUUAAUGUCUACCUACAACAACCUCCAUGCAAGCAUCCAUGCCAAGCAUACCCAUGUCAAGAUUCACCACUGUGUCUCGCAAUCAUCAAGCUCAUUUGCUUGGGUGACGCCUGUUUUCGAGUUUUAUUGCGUUGCGGGUACAAACGCGAACCGGAAUGCACUUGCUCAGAGCGCGAGCAAGAUCAUUGAGUGGGUGCAUCAAGAAGAAGAGAGAUUGUUCAUCAUUGGCGGUGCGGUGCGUAUAACACAACCCCUGCUUCAAGUCGAACUAAACUGA